UUGGUUUCUAGGUUUUUAUACGGAAAUGUUUUCCUGUCUGUGGGAGAUUUGCAAUAUGGUGCUUUUUAUAGCGACGAGGGUUGUAUUAACAAUGAUAAGAGUACAAACUGUGCUCUUAAUUACGGAGCAACACGUAUUUCUGUGUGGUCGAUGUCCCGUGCGCUGGACCCCACUGUGCCGGAGCUGUUUCCACCCGUAACCCCAUCUAUGAAGUAUGUGGAACCCAGCAACGAUGGUCUCACACUACUGCAGCUGAUUGGUAUCAUUAUUGGUGCUAUUGUUCUUCUCCUGCUGCUUGUUGGUGUGCUUGUGUUGCUGCUGUGUCGC